AUGGCAGGAUUAAAGAUAUGGGCUUCGUGUACAAUACUGAGCUGCUUAAUUCUCACUGUCUCUGAAGGAUUUAUCCACGGAGGAGGUAAUGGUGGAGGUGGAGGUGGCGGCGGAGGCUACGGAGGAGGUAAUGGUGGAAGUGGAGGUGGCGGCGGAGGCUACGGAGGAGGUAAUGGUGGAAGUGGAGGUGGCGGCGGAGGCUACGGAGGAGGUAAUGGGGGAGGUGGCGGUGGAGGAGGUGGAAGCCCUAUCUUCCUUGCAAUACCCAUUAAAUCUAAUGGCGGAGGUAAUGGAGGAGGCGGUUACGGUGGUAAUGGAGGAGGAAGUGAAGGAGGAGGAUACGGGGGAGGAGGCAACGGAGGUGGAGGAGGAUACGGUGGUAACGGAGGGGGAGGGGGUUAUGGAGGCAACGGAGGAGGAGGAAAUGGUGGAUUUGGUGAGUAUCUUUAA